AUGGCUUCUUCAUCAUCCUUGUGGCCGUUUCCUACUCCGCCGUCUUUGACUCAGGUGAUGAAAGAAGACGGAGAGUGCAUAAACUGGGCGGAGCUUCCGUCUGAACUAACGUCAUCCAUCCUGCGGAGGCUUAGCUCGAUCGAUAUAUUGGAAAACGCUCAGAAAGUGUGUACAUCGUGGCGUGGCGUCUGUAAAGACCCUGCCAUGUGGCGGAAGAUUGACAUGCGUAACCUAGGAAAAUUUUUCUACAAGGACAGACACAAACACGUGGCUAUGUGCCGUCACGCAGUCGAUCGUAGUCUGGGAGGUUUGGUUGAGAUUGACAUUUGUUAUAUCGGUACUGAUUCUCUUCUCAACUACAUCGCCGACAGAUCAAGUAACCUGAGAAGCCUUAGACUUGCUAUGUGUUCUACGGUAACAUCUGAAGGACUUACUGAAGCAAUUGCGAAGCUUACAUUGCUUGAAGACCUCGAGGUCUCAUACUGCUCACUCUCAGCUGAGUCUCUGAAAGUUGUAGGCCAGUCUUGUCCUAAUCUGAAGACACUGAAGCUAAACCGCGAGGGAGUAAACCGUUUUCCGUACGAGAGCGACGAUGAUGCUCUUGCAAUCGCUGAAACGAUGUCCAGACUUAGACACCUCCAGCUUUUCGGAAACAAAUUAACAGACGCUGACAUUGGUUUAAACGCCAUUCUUGAUAAUUGUCCUAACCUGGAACAUCUUGAUUUACGUUUGUGUCUCAACGUUAACUUUGUUGGAGAUCUGGAGAAGCGAUGUUCAGAGAGGAUCAAAGUUGUGAGACGUCCUGAUGACUCGACUCAUGAUUAUCCAUAUGAUGUACUUUUUUAUGAUUCGGGUUCAUUUGAACAUUAUUACCCUGAAGACCAUUACUUCCCAGCUACCAGCGACCAUUAUGGCGACGAUCAGUAUGAUAUUGAUAUAUUCGGUUUCAUUCAAAUCUAA